AUGGACCCAACCCCCACCACCCCGCUCUCACAGUGGCCACAGCUAUCGAGUGUGCGGGUCGUGAAACUGCACUGGGAACCACAGGCCGGAGAGGCACAGGUGCCAGGCUGUGAAGAUGGGCAAGGGGUCCACGGCCCAUGCCAACUAGGCAAGGCCCAGGUGCCAGGCUGUGAAGAUGGACAAGGGCCCCAGAGCCCAUGCCAACCAGGCAAGGCUCAGGUGCCAGGCUGUGAAGAUGGUCAAGGGGCCCAGGGCCCAUGCCAACCAGGUAAGGCCCAGGUGCCACGCUGUGAAGAUGGGCAAGGCACCCAGGGCCCAUGCCAACCAGCCAAGGCCCAGGUGCCAGGCUGUGAAGAUGGACAAGGGACCCAGUGCCCAUGCCAACCAGGCAAGGCCCAGGUGCCACGCUGUGAAGAUGGACAAGUGGACCAGGGCCCAUGCCAACCAGGCAAGGCCCAGGUGCCAGGCUGUGAAGAUGGACAAGUGGACCAGGGCCCAUGCCAACCAGGCAAGGCCCAGGUGCCAGGCUGUGAAGAUGGGCAAGGGCCCCAGAGCCCAUGCCAACCAGGCAAGGCUCAGGUGCCAGGCUGUGAAGAUGGACAAGGGGCCCAGGGCCCAUGCCAACCAGGCAAGGCCCAGGUGCCAGGCUGUGAAGAUGGUCAAGGGGCCCAGGGCCCAUGCCAACCAGGCAAGGCCCAGGUGCCACGCUGUGAAGAUGGGCAAGGCACCCAGGGCCCAUGCCAACCAGGCAAGGCCCAGGUGCCAGGCUGUGAAGAUGGGCAAGGGACCCAGGGCCCAUGCCAACCAGGCAAGGCCCAGGUGCCAGGCUGUGAAGAUGGGCAAGGGGCCCAGAGCACAUGCCAACCAGGCAAGGCCCAGGUGCCAUGCUGUGAAGAUGGGCAAGGGGCCCAGAGCCCAUGCCAACUAGGCAAGGCCCAGGUGCCAGGCUGUGAAGAUGGACAAGGGACCCAGGGCUCAUGCCAACCAGGCAAGGCCCAGGUGCCAGGCUGUGAAGAUGGACAAGGGGCCCAGGGCCCAUGCCAACCAGGCAAGGCCCAGGUGCCAGGCUGUGAAGAUGGGCAAGGGGCCCAGGGCUCAUGCCAACUGGACAAAGUUACUGUGCACCACAGUGGCAAUUACGAAGAACAAGAAAAAACCUGA